GCCAUGGAUGUAUUCAAUUUCACCUACUGGAAUGCCUCUGAAGGCAAUGACACAGAAGCAGUGGAAGAGAGUGAAAGCGCCUACAAGACUGUGGAGGUGGUGUUCAUCGUGUUGGUGGCCGGUUCCCUCAGUUUGGUUACAGUUAUUGGAAAUAUCCUGGUCAUGCUUUCCAUCAAAGUUAAUAGGAACUUACAGACUGUCAACAACUAUUUUUUAUUCAGCCUCGCAUGUGCUGACCUUAUUAUCGGACUGUGCUCCAUGAACUUGUACACAGUCUACAUAGUAAUAGGCUACUGGCCCCUGGGGCCGGUGGUGUGCGAUCUGUGGUUAGCCUUGGACUAUGUCGUCAGCAAUGCAUCUGUCAUGAAUCUUCUCAUCAUAAGCUUUGACAGAUAUUUCUGUGUCACCAAGCCCCUCAGCUACCCUGUCAAAAGGACCACCAAGAUGGCAGGCAUGAUGAUUGCUGCAGCCUGGGUCCUGUCUUUCAUCCUCUGGGCGCCCGCCAUUCUCUUCUGGCAGUUCAUUGUUGGUGGGCGGACAGUACCUGAGAAGGAGUGCUACAUCCAGUUCUUCUCUAAUGCUGCUGUCACUUUUGGCACCGCCAUUGCCGCCUUUUACCUGCCUGUCAUCAUCAUGAUUCAGCUCUACUGGCAGAUUUCCAGAGCAAGCAAGAGCCGCGUGAAGAAGGAUAACCGCAAGCCAUCAGGGGCCAACCCAGAGCCCCUGUCACCUGGCCAGAGGAGGAACAACACACCAAAACCCAACAACAACAAUGUACCAGGGGAGGACGCAGGGCGGUCCCAGAGCCAGAAUGCUGAUGAUGGGGCCAACCAGCACGAUGGAAAACUGCAAAACGGUAAAGGACCUUCCUCAACCACUGCUGAGGGAGAAACCGAAGCUGAUGAUGUGACUAGGGACAACUGCGCUACCGGAGAAGAGAAGGAGAGCUCCAAUGACUCCACAUCUGGCAGUGUGGCUGCAUCCAAUCAGAAGGAUGAGGAGGCAAUGCCAUCCACAGCCAACUCCAGCGUUGAGACAAGUCAGCCACCCCCACGUCAGCGAGCCAAGGCGGGGCGUUCCAAGCUGACCUGCAUCAAGAUCAAGACUAAGUCACCCAAGGGUGACUGCUACACGCCGUCCAACGCCACCGUUGAGAUCGUACCAGCCUCGGAGCGGCAGAAUCACGUGGCACGAAAAAUUGUGAAGAUGACUAAACAACCUCCCAACAAGAAGAAGAAAGCAGCGCCAUCACGGGAGAAAAAAGUGACCCGCACCAUAAUGGCCAUCCUGGUAGCUUUCGUGGCCACCUGGACUCCUUAUAACGUGAUGGUGCUCAUUAACACCUUCUGCUCCAGCUGCAUCCCCAACACAGUGUGGACUAUUGGCUACUGGCUAUGCUACAUCAACAGCACCAUCAACCCGGCCUGCUACGCUCUGUGCAAUGUCACAUUUAAAAAGACAUUCAAACACCUUCUCCUCUGCCAAUAUAAAAAUAUUAGGUCAGCCAGAUAA